AUGAGCGCAACGUCCCCUAUUGCGUACCAAGAUCGACACCCCCUGACGGUUAACAGUGUGAGUCCACUCGUCUCCACACAUACGUCUGGGUUCGGCUCUGAUACCAAUUGUAACGCCCCCGCCGCCCCUCCCGUGAGGAAAGAUGGCAGAUUGGAACUUACACAAGUUAUGAUAGAUCGGACGGAUAUUUUCCACGCUUCACGAGAAGAUGAACGGCUGAGAUUACAUCUUGUUGAUGCUUAUUGUGAUUCCAAAGAAAAUGUGGACUUAGAAGACGAACCUAAGGGUCUAGAUUGGCCUCACUUGGAAUCUGUUUUUGAGAUUAGUGAAGAUAAUGCUGAUGAAACAAGUGACAAAGUGGUGAAUUUAUCUAUGAUCAAUGAUGAUAGUGGUGCAAUAAACUGGAGAUAUAAAACUAGUCAUGAUGUUUCGUUGAAUAGUGAUGAUUAUGUUGUACAUUUCGAUGAUGAACAUGAUGUUACUUGUGAGGGAAUGGAGGUACGAGAAUUGUUGUAA